AAUGCACACUUUUCUUACGUACGCUUCUCGAAAAUUUCUUUUUACACAAAAUGCAAUCUAUUCAUAGCAUUGUUCCAACCGUGUACGGAUGGAAGACACGAAACUGUAUUUAUCCAAAAUGACGAUAAUAUUUCUGACAUUGCUUGUACACACAUGCACACACACACUAAAAAGAAAGUAGUCCACCCAAAACUUCAUCGCACGAUGUCCGAAUCCAUCCGUACGCUAAUCACAUCAAAAAGAAGUUACAGGAAAACUGACGUAAACCUGCAUAGACAGUUUUCAAUAAACGAACGCUUUUGCGCAGAGAAACGGCGGACCAGCCGUUUAGCCUCCGAAAAUGUCGUCUGGCUUCAGGAGCGUAACUAUACGUCAAGCUGCGUACUACAGUCACACUUUUUUAAUCAAUUUGAAACAACUCAUAAUAAUAAGACGCAUACAAAUAUUAAUAGCUACGAUACUGUUAGCAGUGCGAUUGCUAUAUGCGUCACUAAAAUCGAUAUAUCUCGAACUCGAACUACAGAGCGAUAUAACUGUCGAUUCUACCGAUUCAUUGACGUUGUAUGUUGAUAUAUACUUCCUAAGGUAAUUU